AUGUCUGUUUCAGGCGAUACCAAGUCAACGCCGCUGGGCUCGGCCUCUGACCGUGAGGUCGAAAAGGUCGAGAUCCAGCAAAGGGAAGAGAUCCUUGAUGAUAAAGAUCUUUUGAAUGAUGCCUUUGCGGGUGAGAAUAAGGAACAUGAGAUGGGUGCUUGGGAGGCGGCGAAGAAACAUCCUUGGGCUUGUCUGUGGGCAUUUACCAUGUGUUUUACUAUUGUCAUGGAAUCCUUCGACAUGUUCCUCAACGGCAACUUCGUCGCCCUAGCGGCUUUCCAAAAACGAUAUGGUGUCCCCCUGGGUGAUGGCUAUGUCAUUCCCACCCGCUGGCAGAGUGCUCUGUUCCAAGCUGGUCAAUGUGGUGCUUUCGUUGGUGUCUUCGCCGCUGGCCCUGUCACCAACAGACUCGGUUACCGCUGGACCACCAUCUUGGCUUUGGUCAUGAUGAAUGCUACGAUUUUCAUUUCUUUCUUUGCUGAUUCCCUCACUCUUCUGGUCGUUGGUCAAGCAUUAGAAGGUGUUCCCUGGGGGUUCUUCAUUGCCAACAGUCCAGCUUACGCCAGUGAAAUUGUCCCUCUGUCACUGAGAGGUGCUUGUACUGCUACGCUGCAGAUGUCGUGGUCAAUUGGUUCAAUUAUCGUUGCGGCGGCGACUUACAGCUACAACAAGCGUAACGAUGAAUGGGCCUGGCGUGUACCACUUGCUCUGCAAUGGAUCUUCCCUACCCCCCUGAUGAUCCUCCUCUUCUUCGCCCCCGAGUCCCCCUGGUGGCUCAUUCGCCGUGGCCGUAAAGCAGAGGCUCUUCGAAGCAUUGAACGCCUCGGUGACGGCAACACGGAGACAGCGCAACAGUCCCUCGCCAUGAUCGAGCGUACCGUCCAAAUCGAGGCCUCUUUGGGCGGAUCCCCAUCUCUCCUGGAACUCUUCAAAGGCACCGACCUUCGCCGCACUAUUAUUACCUGUUUGAUUUAUGCUUCGCAAAACUUCGCGGGCAACCUGGUCGCUAAUCAAGCUACAUUCUUCUUCGAACAAGCCGGAAUCUCCCCAGACAAAUCCUUCCAACUAAACCUCAUUAAUUCAUGCCUCCAAUUCGUCGCAAACAUUCUCUCCUGGUUCCUAACACCCUACUUCGGCCGUCGAGCAAUCUACCUCUGGGGCACAGCCACAAACGUCACAUUCCUCUUCAUCCUAGGCAUAGUCGCCUCCAUCCCGCAGAGCAACGCCACAAACUACGCCCAAGCCAUCCUAGGAAUAGUCAUCUCCUUUGUUUUCGCCGGCACACUCGGCCCAAUCUCUUACACGAUUAUUUCCGAGACGAGUUCUGUGCGUUUGCGUGCGCUUAGUACUGGUGUUGGUCGGGCGGCGUAUUACGUUGCUGAGAUUCCGAUGAUCUAUCUCGCUUCGCAGAUGUUGAAUGGGACGGGUUGGAAUUUGGCUGGAAAGUGUGGUUAUGUUUGGGGUGGGACGGCGGUUGUGUGUUGGGUUAUGGCUUACUUCUUCUUGCCUGAGUUGAAGGAUCGGUCGUAUCGUGAGGCGGAUAUUUUGUUUAAUCGCAAGGUGCCGGCGAGGAAGUUUAAGGGGACUGUUAUUGAUGUUCGGGAGAAUGAGUAG